UAAACACAGCUAUUAUCGAAUAAAAGAUUGAAAAAAGAUCGGGGAUUUAUCAAAUUUCAUUUCAUAAAAUUUUCACGGUUGAUUCCCAUUUUUGUCGAUUAAUUGUAAAUACAGCGGGAGUGGAAGCCGCCUUCGUUAGAUUCCAGCCAGUCAAGCAUUUCGUGUGGGAAGCCAUUUGCUCGAAUUGCUUCUUCUUCUUCUUCCUUUGAUCCAUCGGACCAUCCUUUCGCAUCUGGUUCGCAGAUCUCCCUCGAAAUUGACCUACACGCCUCACCGCCCGAUUUCUAAAUUCUUGGAACUCUUGAAAGGCGUUUCAAGCAAUUUCAAAUAGAGUGUGAGGGUUUGGGUUUACGAAUUCCCCUUCCCUUCCCUCACUUCGAUGGAAUUCUUCAACCUGUAGCAAGCAAAGCUGUUGCCUUAGAGGGAGAAUAGACACUGCUGGUGUUGCUCAGGGGCUUGAUUGGAUUACAAGUUUUCGGAAUGGCGGAGUCGACCCCAAUCUACCUGAGCAUUAUUGCUUUUUUCUGUACUGUUGGAGCCAUGGCUUUGGCCAUUAUGCACAUCUACAGACACCUCAUGAAUUACACAGAACCGACUUAUCAGAGAUACAUUGUCCGCAUCAUCUUCAUGGUCCCGGUAUAUGCAUUGAUGUCGUUCUUAUCCCUUGUUAAUCCUGUGGGUUCAAUCUACUUUAAUUCCAUUAGAGAAGUCUAUGAAGCUUGGGUCAUUUAUAAUUUUUUAUCGCUGUGCUUGGCAUGGGUUGGCGGCCCAGGAUCUGUUGUUGUAAGUCUAAGUGGUAGGGUUCUAAAGCCUUCCGUGGUUCUGAUGACAUGUUGCCUCCCUCCCAUACCCCUGGAUGGGCGCUUUAUACGUAGGUGCAAACAAGGAUGUUUGCAGUUUGUGAUCCUGAAGCCUGUAUUAGCUGUUGUUACACUCAUACUUUAUGCAAAGGGGAAAUAUGCAGAUGGAAAUUUCAGUCCAACACAGUCAUACCUGUAUCUCACUAUUAUCUACACUAUCUCAUACACAACAGCUCUCUAUGCUCUGGCAUUGUUUUACUUUGCUUGCAGAGAUCUACUCCAGCCUUUCAAUCCAGUUCCAAAGUUUAUUAUAAUCAAAUCUGUGGUUUUCCUCACUUAUUGGCAGGGUGUGUUGGUCUUCCUUGCUGCGAAAUCUGGGUUAAUAAAGAAUGCAGAGAAUGCUGCUCGGUACCAAGAUUUCAUAAUAUGUGUUGAGAUGCUUAUUGCUGCUAUUGGUCAUUUAUAUGCAUUCCCUUACAAGGAGUAUGCUGGUGCAAAUAUUGGCGGGCCUCGAGGACUGACUGGAAGCCUCUCACAUGCCGUAAAGUUGAAUGACUUUUACCAUGAUACAGUCCACCAGUUUGCCCCUACUUACCAUGAUUAUGUACUCUACAACCCUAGUGAGGGUGACGAGGGAAAGAGGAAGUACCGGUCACGCACCUUUGUGCCAACCGGCCCAGAGAUGGAUACUGUCAGAAGAAACAAGAACAUGUUUGGGAACAAGAUAGAUGACAUACAGCUUUCAAGUCUUUCAUCUUCUAGCUCAAGCACUCCGGAUAGUUCUGGUCCAGUACCCGAGUCUGCAAGUUCAGAUGCAAUGAAGUCUUCCCUUCUUGUUGAUACCUCAAAUUCUGCAUCAGUGCCGUAUGACAUGUCACUCAUCGACUUAGACUUGAACAGUUACCCCGCGAAGGUUCCCUCAGCAAAUGAAGGUGGCACUAGGUGACAACGAUAGUCUGUGGUAGACACGUAUGAAGAAUAUUCUUACAAGGAAAACAGUUUUGAAAUGGAAAGCUUCAUUUGCUUAAUAGUGUGGUGAAAUUGGUGCUGGGUAUACUCCCUUUUUCUCUCUCUGGUUUGAAGCACUUUCGUCACUAAUAUCUUGCUUCCCCACUGAGAUUGUUUUCAAUGUCUUGUUUUGUAGAUAUGGAAAAUCUAAUUGUCAUACUUGCUAGGUCACAAUAGGAAAAUCGAUUUGGUUUUUUCGCAUUUUUCGUUGCACAAUGAAAGAGUUCUGUUGUCUGUUGGGGAUGUCUUGGACUUGACAUUGAAAUAUUAUUCUGAACUGUAACAUGGUACAUGGUUCAUGUUUAUUCAUUUUUUACCUUCUUUC